AUGCUGAGACAAAUCUAUCAGACAAGAAACAUGCAUGUCAAGGUAAUUAAGAUGAGGUGGAUGACUGGGGGCGUCAACUACAGUUACUUAUUGUCCACCCAAGACAAAACAAAGUCAUACUUGAUAGACCCAGCGGAGCCUCUCGAAGUUAUCCCAGCGCUGAAGACGGAAGAGGCAAACACCAUUGAGGCAGUGGUCAACACACACCAUCACUAUGAUCAUUCAGGCGGUAAUGGUGCAAUGGUUGCUGAGCUGCACGAAAUUGGUGUUCCUCAGGUCCAGGUGAUUUGCGGAAGUCAUAGCUCCCCUGGAGCAACAGACAUCCCUAAACACCUACAGGAGUACAAAUUAGGAGACUUGAAGGUCAAGUGCAUCCGGACGCCAUGCCAUACACAAGAUUCGGUGUGCUACUACGUUGCGGACCCACAAACAGGCGAGAAAGCGAUUUUCACGGGAGACACGCUGUUUACGGCGGGUUGUGGCAGGUUCUUCGAAGGGACUGGCGAGGAAAUGGACGUCGCGCUGAACCGUCGGAUUCUCGACGGCGUAGGGGAGCCAAACUGGGAUACCACUAAGGUGUACCCCGGCCACGAGUAUACUAAGAGUAAUGUGAAAUUUGUGCGCCAGGCCGUCUUCAAGAACCGCGGCGAGAACUCGUCUCUGGACAAGCUAGAACAAUACUGCCAGAAGAACGAAGUAACUGCCGGUGCAUUCACGCUUCGCGACGAACUUGCAUACAACCCUUUCAUGCGUCUGGACGACCCUACAGUGCGAGACGCCGUCGGCGACGUGAAGGGCUCGCUUUCCAGAGCACAAGUGAUGGAGGAGCUGCGUAAGAUGAAGAACUCUAUGUAA